AGGAAGUGUUGUGAAAAAGAAGCUCUGCCCGUUCCUGCUGGAGGACAAGCUACGUGUAAUAUUUGAUUGAAAAUGGCUGAUAGGAAAGCCAAUAACAUCCCCAGCAGCAGCGCAAAUCUGCUGUUUUCAGCGGCUCCGGAGUUCAACUUCAGCCUGCCGUUCAUACCUGUCAGUCAGGCCACCGGCCCCGCGGUUUUAUCCGGAGAUGAUGCCAGUGAAGUUGGAGAAGAAGACAGUUUUCUUGGUCAGAUGUCAUCAGCAGCUCCUCAAGCCUCUACGUUCAAUUAUUUUUCCAACACGACUAACAGCAGCGACCCGUUUGCAUCUAUAGGGCAGCAGCCAUGCCCGCCUCCAGCUGCCACCGUUAUUCCAUCAACAACAGGCCCGUCGCCUGCAUCCACUGCAGCUAGCCUGCCUCUAAACCCACCAAUAUCUCAAAUGAAACACAUUCAGGAGUAUGGCAGUGUUACUAAUCAAACCCCUAGGAGUACAUACACUCAUCCACCUAAUGCACUGACUCCUCCUCCUCCUACCCAGAGCUCCCAGCAGUCCUAUAAUCCAUACCGUCACACAGCUGCCAGUAGCAAAGCUAGUCCGUACCUCAUGGCUCCUGAAUUACAGCAGCAGCCCCCCAGCCAAACACCCCAGCAUCUAAACCCCUAUUCUCAGGCCACACCUGCUCCCUCGUUCCAGACUCCACCCACAGCGUUCAACAAGCCUCCCCCAACACAGAUUCCACCACCCCCUACAACGGCCAGCAUGACCGGACCAUUAGUCCCUGCCAACUCAAUGGUGCCAUAUGCAUACAAUGUUUAUGAACCUGUUCAACCUCACUGGUUCUACUGCAAACAAGUGGAGUCAAAGAUGGUCUGGCUUCCCUUUAGUAUUCUGGAUUCCAUUCAGUUGGAAGAAACAUUUAACUCCGUUCAGCCAGAUCCAGAGAAUGUGAUAGUGUGUACGGACGGAGGGCGCUAUGAUGUGCAGCUGUAUGACCGCACACGGACUGCCUUGUACUGGGAGGAAGAUCCCACUGAGGUCCGCCGCUGUACCUGGUUCUACAAAGGAGACGCAGACAGCCGCUUCAUCCCCUAUUCAGAAGACUUUAGUGAGAAGCUGGAGGCAGAAUAUAAGAAAGCUGUUACCACUAAUCAGUGGCACCGGCGACUGGAAUUCCCUUCUGGUGAGACCAUCGUAAUGCACAAUCCAAAGGUGAUUGUGCAGUUUCAGCCGUCUGCCAUGCCUGAUGAAUGGGGCACGACACAGGAUGGUCAGACCCGACCUCGGGUCGUCAAGAGGGGUGUGGACGAUGAUCAGGAUGAAGUUCCUGAUGGUGAAAUGCCUCAGGUGGAUCAUCUUGUGUUUAUGGUGCAUGGCAUAGGCCCCGUCUGUGACCUGAGGUUUAGGAGCAUGGUGGAGUGUGUGGAUGACUUCCGCAGCGUGUCCUUGAAGUUGUUGCAGAGUCAUUUCAAGAAGGCCCGUGAUGAUCAUCUGAUUAGUCGUGUGGAGUUUCUGCCUGUGCACUGGCACACAGCUCUGCAUGGUGAUGCCACAGGGGUAGACAGGAGGAUAAAGAAGAUUACUCUGCCCAGCACAGGUCGUUUACGUCACUUCACUAAUGAAACCCUCUUAGAUGUUCUCUUCUACAACAGCCCAACCUACUGCCAGACCAUUAUGGACACCGUGGCUUUUGAGAUCAACCGCUUACAUGCACUUUUCAUGCAAAGAAAGCCAGACUUCAAAGGCAGAGUGUCCGUGGCUGGACACAGCUUGGGCUCUUUGAUACUUUUUGAUCUGCUGUCCAAUCAGAAGACUGGCUCACUUUCAUCAGGUCCAGUGACCAAUGGAAAUGCUCCGCCUAAUGUGAAACGGGUAUCAGUACAUUUAGAUUUUUGA